AUGGCUGGACGGGGUCUCGAUGACAAUGCAGUCGCUCAGGAAAUGAACAAGAUGGUAUCAUUUAUAAAACAGGAAGCAUUAGAAAAGGCCAGAGAAAUCAAAGUCAAGGGCGAUGAGGAAUUCAACAUUGAAAAGGCAAAGCUGGUCAGACAAGAGACUCUGGCUAUCGAGGCCUUUUACGAAAAGAAGAAGAAGCAAGCCGAAGUGCAACGCAAAAUUGCACAAUCAAACCACAUCAACAAGUCACGAUUACGUGUACUACAAGCCCGUCAAGAAGUCCUCAAUGAUAUAUUCACUGAGGCUCGUGGUAAACUAGCCACAUUGACCAAAGAUCCAAAGGCUUACUCGAAACUCUUGGCUGAUUCCAUCGCCGAGGGAUUGUACAAACUCAUGGACGAUGAAGUAACAGUCCAAUGUCGAAAGGCUGAUACACCAUUGGCCAAGGCUGCUGCUGCUGAGGCUUCAAAACAGUACUCAGAUACAUUCAAGCGACCCGUCAAGGUCACCAUCGAUGAAGCCAAUCCAUUGCCAGACUCAAGUGCUGGAGGUGUGGUCAUCUCAAGCAUGGAAGGCCGAGUUCGAUGCGACAACACUCUGGAGAGAAGGUUGGACUCUAUGGCUGAAACGAUGAUGCCUGGUAUCAGGCUACAACUUUUUGGGGUAUCGCCCAACCGUGCCUUCUUUAACUAA